GGCCGCCGUCUUCCCUGCUGUUGUGAGUGCUGGGGCUGGCGAACGCGAGCGCCCGAAGCGAGCUAGCGCGCGCGGCUGCUCCCGCUCCCGGGGCUGGGGCUUGCAUUUGCCAAGGGACCCAGCCGCCACGCUUUCGCUUAAAGGCACAGGCGGAGGCGAGGCGGAGGGGCAGCCUGCUGUGUGCUAUGUUGGGGAUCAGCGGGGAGCUCUGAGUGCGUGAGCGGCUGCGAUGGCUUCCAAACUCCUGCGAGCCGUCGUGCUGGGUCCCCCCGGCUCUGGCAAAGGGACCGUGUGCCAGAGAAUUGCCGAGAGCUUCGGGCUUCAGCACCUUUCCAGCGGGCACUUCUUACGGGAGAACAUCAGGGCAAAGAGCGAAGUUGGUGUCUUGGCAAAGCAGUAUUUAGAGCGAGGCCUUUUGGUACCGGAUCAUGUCAUCACCAGUGUCAUGAUGAUGGAGCUGGAGAAAAAGCAGUCUCAGCAUUGGCUACUUGACGGUUUUCCUAGGACACUGGUGCAAGCUGAAGCACUUGACAGAAUCUGUGAACUGGAUCUAGUGAUCAAUUUAAAUAUCCCAUUCGAGACGCUAAAAGAUCGUCUAAGCGCUCGUUGGAUUCACCCAGCUAGUGGAAGAGUGUAUAAUAUGGAGUUCAACCCACCUCAUGUACAUGGGAUCGAUGACAUCACGGGUGAACCAUUAAUCCAACGGGAAGAUGAUAAACCUGAUGCUGUUGCUGCUAGGCUAAGAAAAUACAAAGAUGCUGCAAAGCCAGUAAUAGAAUUAUAUAAGAGCAGAGGUGUCCUACACGCAUUUUCUGGGACAGAGACCAACAAAAUCUGGCCUUAUGUUUACACUCUGGUUUCCAGCAAGAUCCGGCCUGUCAAUUCCAAAGAAGCUGAUUAACCAUCUUAUGUAGAGGAUCAAGAAUUUAAUAUGACCAUUUGAAAAUUGCUGAGGGUCUCGGCGGACCACUUAAUGAUCUUUCCAAAUGUUUUGUACCGUUCGCUAACUAUUGUAACGCGCUUUGGAUAGAAGCGCUAUUUAAAAAAAAACCUUAAUAAUAAUUUAACGUUUUUUAUUCUAUAAAUAAAAGCACACAACUCCUA